GCUGUGUUGGUCGGGCCCGCGGAAAUGGGCGAUCAUAAUCUUCUUAAUCCCGGUUUUGUGGGACCUCUAGUGAACAUCCACACGGGAGACGCCUUCUACUUUCCCAAUUUCAGAGCAUCGGCUGGAGGGCAACUGUCCGGGCUGCCGUCUCUCUCAUACCCGAGAAGGGACAAUGUCUGCUCGCUACCUUGGGCUUCCUCCGAGCCCUGCAAUGGAUAUGCCCAGUCUUACCUCGGCAGCCCAAUGUCCAUUAACCCUUCCUUCAACCGAGCCUGCGAUUUAGCUAGACCGGAGGAUGGCAAGUGCUAUUACAACAGCGGUAACAUCAGCAGGGAAGCUUGCUCGGAGAACGGCACCCUCAAGCGAGAGGACCGGCUCAGGGACAGCUCCAUAGCGCCCGACCAUGCAGGGCUACAUAACGGCGUGAGCGGGUUCUCCAAGUACGAUUACCCGGGAGUCGAGGCUCUGACCCAGGACCCCCCUUCAUGCCAGUCCCUGGAAUCCGAUUCGAACUCGUCUCUGCUCAACGAGGGCGUCAAAAACUCAACCACAGAACCUCCGACCCGGUCUUCCACGAACACCCACGCAAUGUCCACGAGUGGGGGAGCGCCCUGGUACCCGAUGCAAACCCGCACCCGAAAGAAGCGAAAGCCGUACUCCAAACUCCAGUUAGCGGAACUGGAGGGCGAGUUCGUGCAGAACGAGUUUAUAACCCGCCAGAGGAGACGGGAGCUGUCCGACCGGCUGAACCUCAGCGACCAGCAGGUGAAGAUCUGGUUUCAGAACCGGAGAAUGAAGAAGAAGAGACUGCUAAUGAGAGAGCAAGCUUUGUCUUAUUUUUAAAAACUUAAAAAAAAAAACUAAACUAACCAGCGAGCUGGGCUAGUUGCAGUGUACUGUGAGAUAACUGAAGUAUACCGACGUGAUUUUUGUAUUAUUAUUUUUAAAGCAUGUAUUUACCCCUAUGUAAAAAAAAAACACAAUACCAGCAUAAAUGAAUGAUUGUGAAGGAAAUUCAUUAAGAAAAAAACAUUGCAAUACAGGAAAGAAAACUAAUUGACGAGUAUUCAUCUAAUUCCAUCCUUUACAAGUAUCCGUUCAAAAACAUUGAGUUUAUCUGUAAUAGUUUUUAUUAUUAUUACAGUAAUAUUUACCGUGAAUGAACCAAGAAUGCAUUGAAAUUGUGUAGGAAUAACACACGCUGGGUCGCUGCAUCAAUAAACACACACACACACACACACACACACACGAAGAACACUCAUUUGAAUUAGAGCGCUUAUGGAGGCUAUAGCUUUUAAGACGAGGAUGUUUCAACACUAAGCCAGUGCUGGAAGCGUAACUCAAUGCGAAUUUGAGAGCCUGCAUUGAAGUGUGAUAUUUAACAACCACAACCCACAAAAAAACCCCAAAUAAACUCACUGUAUAUAGCCUAUAUAAAAUGUGUUUAAAUAAAUUCUUCGCAUGGGUGAGCGACCCCCAAUAUUAAUAGUUACAUGACGCAUUCCCGGGCCAGCUUGCCUGCCACUGUGAGCAAAGCGUCCCCGUUUAA